CCGUUAUGGGGCGGCUCAGAGCCCGGCCCGGCCACUAAUCAAUCCAUCAAUCGUAUUUAUUGAGCGCCUACUGUGUGCAGAGCACUGGACUAAGCGCUUGGGAAGAAGUCCAAGCUGGCAACAUAGAGAGACGGUCCCUACCCAACAGUGGGCUCCCAGCCAGGCCCCGGCCAUGCCCGGCAAAGCCCAGCAUCUCACCGAGCCCGAGGUCAGCUGCUGCGGGAAGUAUUUCUUGUUCGGCUUCAACAUCGUCUUCUGGCUGCUGGGGGCUGCGUUUCUGGCCAUCGGGCUGUGGGCCUGGGCAGAGAAGGGCGUCCUCUCCAACAUCUCCUCCCUCACAGACCUGGGCGGACUGGACCCCGUAUGGCUCUUCGUGGUGGUCGGUGGAAUCAUGUUUGUGCUGGGCUUUGCUGGUUGCGUCGGGGCCUUGCGUGAGAACACCCUCCUCCUCAAGUUUUUCUCUGUGUUCCUGGGUCUCAUCUUCUUCCUGGAGCUGACCGCUGGGGUCCUAGCCUUUGUCUUCAAGGACUGGAUCAAAGAUCAGCUCAACGUCUUCAUCAACAACAACGUCAAGGCCUACCGCGAUGACAUAGACCUUCAGAACCUGAUUGAUUUUGCUCAGGAAUACUGGUCUUGCUGUGGAGCCCGCGGCCCCAACGACUGGAACCUCAACAUCUACUUCAACUGCACGGAUUCGAACCCCAGCCGGGAGCGCUGCGGGGUGCCCUUCUCCUGCUGUGUCCAGGACCCCGCGGAGGAUGUCCCUAACACACAGUGCGGCUACGGGGUCCGGCUCAAACAGGAGCUGGAACAGCAGAGCUUCAUCUACACCAAAGGUUGCGUGGGCCAGUUUGAGAAGUGGCUGCAGGACAACUUGGUCUUGGUGGCCGGGGUCUUCUUGGGAGUUGCCCUUCUGCAGAUCUUUGGCAUCUGCCUGGCCCAGAACCUGGUGAGCGACAUCAAGGCAGUGAAGGCCAACUGGUGACCAUCCCAGCCGGUCUCUGUGAGGACCACCGCGGGCCAUCAGAGCCGCCGCCCCCUCACCUGCACGGUGCCCGCCCGCUCCCGGCCCGAGCUGGCUCCCCUCGACGAGGGGACACCUUCGGGAUCACGUCAUGCCCGGCCGGGUGGCCCUGGACGGAGCCUGGGGUUUAAGGGAUUUCUACGGGAGACUGCUGGGCAUGGAACUGUUCCCCUCGGGGCAAGAUGUGGCUGGUUUAGGGGGUCUUGUGUGGCUCCCUCCAUGAUGCCACAGGAAGUGGGUAUCCGGGGGGGCAGGUUGCCAUGGGAACCGUGACCUGGUGCAGGUGGAGUCUGGAGCAUGCAUCCUUCCUGGGCCCCCAUGGCAUCGAAGAGGCUCACCAGUCUGAAGUGCCCCCCUGCCAGGGCGAGGGUCUGUCCCCAACUUGGAAAGACCCCAAUAAACUGUGCCCCCCAUCCCCACCCCGCCGCCGACAUCCUGCUUUGUGCCCCGCGGGGGCAAGGGGAGCGAGACAGGCAGCCCCCGAGGGUGUCUGGGAGGGGGCAGCAUGCCCAGGGGUCUCCCCUCACCCGCUCCGGUCUCACUUUCAGGGCGGGAAUGUGCAGAGCACUGUACUGAGCACUUGGGAAAGUACAGUAUAACAGGCGCAUUCCCUGCCCACAACAAGCUUACAGUCUAGAUUUCCUCCCAGGCUGUGAGGCUGUUUUGCGGGGGGGCCUGGGUUUUGGCACCAAGGUGGGCACGCUCACAUUUGUGAGGGCCUCCUUGCUGUGCUAGCAGUAGUGUGUGCACUUAGUGAGCACUUAGUGUGUGCAGAGCACUGUACUAAGCACUUGGGAGAAUCGAUUAAAACAAUAUUUUAACAUCAAACAUUCCCUGCCCCCAACGAGCUUACAGUCUAGAGGGGAGACCGAGAGUACACAGCAGUGGCUUUUAUCCCUCAUUUGCAUGAAGCCUUAACGUGAAUCUCAGGGCCUCUGUUUCCUCAUCUGUAUAAUGGGGAUAGCACAGUGCUGUGUACACAGUAAGCA